AUGGAUUAUCACCAAAAGAGGAACCUAACUUUUCUCACCAUUGGACUGAUAUUUAUGCUGAGCGGCAUCGAGUACGCUGUCAUUCUGCCAACAAUAUGGAGGUAUCUACAGAUCCUGGAGGCCCCCCCAUACUUCCUUGGUCUGGGUCUGUCAGCCUUCAGUCUGAGUGGGCUGCUCACAGGCCCCCUGUUUGGCAUCUGGUCAGACCGGAGCAAAACUACAAAAUCCAUCAUCCUUUUUUCUAAUCUUUUUGAGAUUGCUGGUAACUUCAUGUACUUCAUAGGAUAUUCAAAGUGGCUGUUGUUGUGUAGUCGGCUUGUAGCAGGGGUUGGUGCUGGAGCGGGCUCCUCCAUCUUCGGUUUUCUUACUCGGAGCACUCGUCCAGAGGAGCGCGCCGGUAUCUUUGCAGCCAUAAUGGCCUGUCGACAAGCUGGCCUCCUUGUCGGGCCGGCAUUCAACCUGUUCCUGCGGCUGUGUGAUUUCAAACUUGGGCCCUUUGUUGUGAACAAAUACACCUCUCCUGGGAUCUUCAUGUGCCUAUUGUGGGUGCUGCUCCAGUUUGUUGUCCUGGUGAUGUACUGGGACUUACCACCCAUAAGCUCAGAGGGGGAAGCAGUGAUGUUGGAGAUGAAACAAGAGGAGGGUGAUGAUGAGGAGACACCACUGAUGGGGUCCGACGAAGAGCCAGCACAGACCUACAGAGCUGUCAGCUCUGACGAGUUGGAGAGCUCAUCCUCAUCCAAGAUGCAGCCCUGUGGAAGAGCCUCUGCGAGUCUCAACCCCUUCAAGAACUUCAGUGCUAGCAGAGAGUUCAUGAGAGAGGAGGUGGUUGUUCUGCUCACGGCUCAGUUCAUCACUCUCUUCAAUCAGACAGCUCUGGAGACGAUGGUGACUCCUCUGACGCAGCGCUACUUCAGCUUCAGCGAGCUGGGCAACAGCCUGAUGUACAGCCUGUGCGGGGUGGAGGUCAUCCUGGGCUUCUUCUUCGUGCGCUGGUUGAGUAAGAAGGUGGCGGACCGCGCCGUGUUGGCCGUGGGCCUGGUCAUCUGCUGUGCCGCCUGUAUCUGGUGCCUCGUCUUCCUCUGCAACCCCCGAGGUGGUUAUGGAUGGGAGCUGUCUGCCUUCAUCAUCGGGGUGUUUCUGCAGCUGCUGGGCCUUCCCUUCGUGGCCGUGUCUCAGGUGUCGCUCUUCUCCAAAGUGACGGCAGAGAAAACACAAGGAUUCAGCCAAGGUGUCAGACGCUCAGUGGGGGGCCUUGCAACCAUCUUGGGCCCUUUGUGGGCGGGAGGAUUGACCAAUAAUUUGUACAUUAUGCUCGGCAUGAUGCUAGCUCUCCUCUUAAUGAUCUCAGUUAUGACAGCUCUGUCCUACGAGCGCCUGACUGAGCCCAGGGCUGUGCAGAGUGCCCAGAGCUGUGACAGUGCAGGGUAG